CGCGUUGUUUUGGUAUUCGUGACGUGUCCCCCAAACGCCCGGUUCCUGGAAAAUCCUGAAAAAGGAUUUUCGAAACGCAUUUCCCCAAAGCACGAUGCGAAUUGUGUCGGUUUCGUUGUAAAGUUUAUUUUAGAGUAAAUCUACAUUCCAUAUACUAGUUCGCAACCGGAGUGUCCCACCGUUCAACCGAAACGCACAUCAUGACAGACACGCGAAAGUUUAUUAUCGCUGCCGUAGGCAUUUUCGUGUGCUACUUUUACUUCGCGAUCCUUCAGGAAAAGAUCACCCGAGGACGGUAUGGGGAUGAGCUGCAGGACGAUGGAUCGAAGGGUGAACGAUUCACCUACAUGCUGGCGCUCGUCGGCGUGCAGUGCAUCUGCAAUAUGGUAUUUGCUAAAGUGUUACUGUUAGCAAAACCGCAACCCGUGGACAAUACACCGAAGGUGUACUACGCUAGCAGCGCCCUCACGUACCUGCUGGCGAUGAUCAGCUCAAACAUGGCCCUGCGAUGGGUGGCCUACCCGAUGCAGGUGGUUGCCAAGUCAGCGAAACCGAUUCCCGUUAUGCUGCUCGGUGUGUUGGUGGGGCGCAAGAGUUACUCGAUACAAAAGUACCUGUUCGUGCUACUGAUCGUCAUCGGGGUGGUGCUGUUUAUGUUCAAGGACGGGAAACCGAACACCGGGGCGCCGCUCGAGCAUGAGGGAUUGGGUCAGUUGCUGCUUGUUUUAAGCCUCGCUAUGGACGGUCUUACCGGGGCGAUUCAGGAGCGCAUGAGAGCGCACAGUGCACCGUCCGCACAGUACAUGAUGCUUGCAAUGAACGGCUGGAGUUCGCUGUUUGUGUCCUGCGGUUUGCUGCUGAGCGGCGAGGGCAAAGACUUUAUCAUGUUUGCCUCUCGACAUCCACAGCUUUUUACGCAUCUUUCACUGCUAGCGAUCACCGGGGCCCUCGGACAGCUAUUCAUCUUCAUGAUGGUAUCCUCGUUCGGUGCCCUGGCCUGUUCCGUUGUGACGACAACGCGCAAAUUCUUUACCGUACUGUUUUCCGUACUAUUCUUCGGUAAUACGCUAUCCGGUCGCCAGUGGGUAGGCGCCCUGUUAGUCUUUACCGGACUGUUUGCCGACAUGUUCUACGGUAAGAAGCCUCCGAGCAAAGCUCCGGUACCAAAGGCCAAAAGUAAAAGUGAAACGGAAGAGUUGAUUCGCUAACACUACUUACUAACACCCCUCGAGCGCGGAUUUUGGAGUUGGAAGUGUUUUUCUAUGUUCCUUUUCAAUACAUCCACUUUGCAGCGCUCAAAGAUGCUCCCUCCAGUAAUCCCUGUGACACUGUAACAGUUCAACCGGGAAAUUGUGGCAAUCCAGAAGAGAAUAAAAAUCUAAAAACAAGCGAGUCAUUAUAAAUAGCUGA